GAGAAGGCAUCCAGGAGGUGUCGGACACGGUGCCCGAGUCCUGGACAGCGGGCUACGACGGCUUCUAUCGCUCCGUGAAUUUCAACGAAGACGAGCAGAUCACCAUAGGCUGGAAUCCCUCUUCAUUGAAAGCCAACGACCGGGUCGGAGCUCUGCUAUCCCGAGCUGGUCAGUUUAUCAUCGUUGUGAAUGGGAAGGUGGUUGUGCGCGUCACGGACGACUUCCCCUUGGCAGAUGUGGAAGCCUUCUAUCCCAUCGUCGACCUCCUGGGACGCGUCUGCCAAGUCACGAUGGUGCGGGAUGCGAAGCCUCCGGACGCUGCAACGGAAGCCCGGAGGACGGCGCCCUCUUCACAGGCCUUGAUCCGACACUUCUCGGGGCGAACGUGGUCCUGGCGAAGGACCGCCUGGCCGCAUCGUCUCGCGAUCCGGCUGGGAACGAACUUCGAGGAGUUGCUUUCGGGGACGGACCGCUUCCAUGCACCGGCCCAGAUGGCGAAGCAUACUUUGAGGUCACUGUGGAAGAGGUUCGGCAGGGCAACGACGAUGGCCUGGUCUUGGGUGUGGCCUCGAAAAAGCCUGCCUCCAUGGAUGAGAUCCUCAUGGGAUGCGAUGUCAAGGACAGUUGGAGCCUUGGGUACAAUGGCUGCGCCUUCUCACCGGAUCAGGAAGAUGAGACUCAAAUACGGUGGACGCCGGCUAGCCUGAAGAAGGGAGAUCGAGCGGGCCUUUUGGUGCGCGGCGACGGUACUCUGGUCGUCCUGGUGAACGGUGCGCCGGUGUGCCGCGGACCCCGGCAAGUGCCGGCUCCCGAUGUGCCGCUCUAUCCUUUUAUCGACCUCCUCGGCAACACCAAGGCGGCGGUGUUGACGCGGCCGAGUGCUGAGGUGGUCCGUGUUGCUGCAGCCACCGUUCAGAAGGCGCAGAAGAAGAGUCUCCUCGGUGGGCAAGGUGGAGGAAAUCCAGCCUUCUUCGAUGCCUGGUGA